AUGGAUACCGAUGUCGAGUCCUGUUUAAAAGACUGGAACGACCUAGUACAAGAUUACAAGGAACUAGAAGUAAGAUAAUUUUUUGUUAAUCCUGGGUACUGAGGUUGUCAGUGAUUUGCACGUUGGACCAUUUUCUGUGAGGUUAAGUGUAUUUUUUAUUUAUCCAAUACUCGCAAAAAAAACCAGUGUAUAAAAAUAUUUCUACGUAACGUUUCGUGAAAUUUAAAUACUCUUUUCAUAAAUGUGUUAUAAAUAUUAUCGCGGGACAUUUCUUUGUUCUUUUCGUUAUUGUUCGUUGUUUAAUCAAUACAUUCAUUACAAUUAUUUUUCCAUAUUGUGUGAAGUAUUUUAAGCAUUACGCUGUGUUUUAUUUAGAAUGGUAACAUUUUAAUUUUAUUAAUAGGCAUUGAACAAAGAAUAUCUUGCAAAAUUAGAGGAAGUAGGAGAACUUCAAGCAAAAUGUUUAAAAGGAAUUUCUCAUCAGAAAUACCGGAUGAGUGUAAUAUCAAAAUCACUCAAACAAUUACAUGCAAGCGAAGCACAAAAAAGUUUAAACAAAGAGAUGGCUAAAAGAGAGCAACAGUUACAUGAAAUGGAACAAAUCUUACCAAAACCAAAUGGCACAUAUCUUCAAAUUAUUUUAGGCAAUGUUAAUGUUUCUAUAUUAAACAAAAAUGAUAAAACUUUGGAACUUAGUUUUAUGUUCCUUUUAGUCUGGUAUUAUUGUACACUGACAAUAAGAGAAAGUAUAUUAAAAGUAAAUGGUUCAAGAAUAAAAGGUUGGUGGAGAUUUCAUCAUUUUCUUUCAACUGUAGUAUCUGGUGUCUUAUUAGUUUGGCCUAAUACAGGGCCAUGGUAUGCAUUUAGACAACAAUUUAUGUGGUUCAACGUUUAUAUCAGUGUAGUACAGUCGUUGCAAUUUUUCUAUCAGCGAGGUGUUUUAUAUCGAUUGAAAGCAUUAGGUGAAAGACAUAAUAUGGAUAUUACAAUCGAAGGUUUCCACUCUUGGAUGUGGCGUGGAUUAUCGUUUCUAUUGCCAUUCCUUUUCGUUGGAUAUAUAUUUCAGUUAUACAAUGCAUAUGUCUUAUUCACAUUAAUAUCCUAUCCAGAAGCUACAUGGCAUGUCCCAGUUCUUAGUGGCAUGUUCUUGGUAUUAUUCCUAGGCAAUACAAUAACAACUAUUAUGGUAAUUCGUCAAAAAUUAAGAGAACGCGUAAAAUACCACUUUGCUGGAGUGUUUUCCUCUAAACUUGAACGUAAAAAAGAAGUAAAUGGAGAAAAGGACGUGAAAGCUCAGAAAUGCGAAUAA